CGAAACAAAAUUAUUUCCUUUUGUGACUGCGAAGGCAAAAGCAUCCGAUAAACAGGGCUCUGAAAGGCCCAGUGGAUCCCCACAGCGAGAACAAAGGUCUCGGGACGUCGUCCGAGCUACAGGGAAGGAAGCCCUUCUCCUCCUCACUGUCUCGUUUGUUUUCCAUCGCAGCUCUUCUCGCUCCACUUCUUGGGAGACCUGCCGACGUAAGGGGCCGACGUGGCCCCUGGGGAGGGUAAGCCCAGCCUGGCGGACGACCUCUCCCUUGCGAGUGGAUGGGAACGAGGUGUGGUUUGGGAGAGGGAGGCCGUUACGGGCUUCUUCGUGUUUGGGUGACACCUACCCAACCAGCCAGCCAACCAGUCAGCCCAGCCCCACACCUCCAAGCACAGGUUGCAACCCCCUGGGCCAAACAUAAAGAGGCCGUGCCCGCUCCCGUCGGAAAGCAGCUCACACGGUAAAACCAUUGCUCUGUCCGAGACCCACCCCGGCCUCUCCCCAACCCUCCGUAGACCCGGAGCGGAGACUCGUAGAAGCAGCGGGGGGUGGACAGUGGUGUCCCUGGCGGGGCAGGGAAGAGCGUAGGCAGCCUCCCACUCUCUCUUCGCCUCUUGCAAAACCUCCUGGAGGCUGUUGCUUCUCUGCAAGUUUCUGUGCUCACUGUCUCUGUUCCUCUCUCUUUAACGGUGCCUGGGAGCUCUGGGUUUCCGUUCAAGGUGUUUGCACUGCAGGUAGCCACUAGCUCCCUCCGCCCGGCAAAUGUGCAGAGGCUUUUUUCUCUUGCCGAAAAAUACUCUCCAGCCAUCUGGGACGGUGAUGAUGUCUUACCUGUGCCGGGCUCUUGCCUCAGUCAGGUCUCUCGGGCUGAGCAGGCGACUGUGCCCAGACCCGAGCCGGAAAUGCGUCUCCCGGCGAGCCCCGGUGUCCGAACUGGCACGUCUGAGCCAAGAGGUGCCCGGGGACUUCAACUACGCGGGUGACGUUCUAGACGAGUGGUCCCAAAUGGAAAAGGACGGGCUGAAAGUCCCUCACCCCGCCCUGUGGGAAGUCAACGCCAAAGGAGUCGAGGUGAGAUGGAGCUUUGAGGAGCUGGGCAUCCUCUCCAGGAAGGCUGCCAGGGUCCUCACUGAAGCCGGCAAUCUGUGCCAGGGAGACAGGGUGGCCAUGGUGCUACCCCCAGGCCUGGAGUCGUACCUCGUCAGCCUGGCCUGCGUGCGAACAGGACUCGUCUUUGUGCCAGGAUCGUCACAGCUGACCGCUCCAGACAUUCUCCACCGACUGCGGGUGUCCGAGGCUAAGUGCGUCGUGGCCGACGAUGCCGCGGCCCCGGCUGUCGACUCCGUCGAGUCUCGCUGCCCCUCUCUGAAAACCAAACUCCUGGUGUCGGACGACAACCGGGGAGGCUGGCUGAACUUUCCGAAGCUGAUCCACUCUGCCCCCGCCGAUCAUCGCUGCGUUCGAACCAAGAGUCGUGAUGCCAUGGCCAUCUACUUCACCAGUGGGACGGCGGGGGCUCCGAAAAUGGUGGAACAUUCUCACUACAGUUUGGGGAUGGGAUUCAGCCUGGCUGCCAGGCGGUGGAUGGCUUUGGAACCUGCAGAUGUUGUGUGGGGUCUGGGUGACGCCUCUGGGGCGGAUCCCUUCUCCCUGAGCAGUGCUCUGGGGGCCUGGCUGCAAGGGGCCUGUCUGUUUCUGCAUCACAUGCCCAAAAUCAGCUCGGAGACGGUGCUAGACGCGUUGUCCAGAUUUCCCAUCACCACCUUCUACGGGCGGCCAUCCUUGUACCAGAGAUUGUUGCAGGACUGUAACUUCAGCAGCUAUAGAUUCCAAAGCCUGAAGCACUGCGUGGCUGCCGGAGAGCCCAGCAAACCUUGGGUGAAUCGGGAGUGGAAGCGCCUCUCUCAUCUGGACAUCUACGAAGGUUACGGACAGACAGAAACCGGACUCAUCUGUGCCACCUAUAAAAGAAUGAAAGUGAAACCUGGCUCGCUGGGGAAGCCGGUUCUCCCUUACAACGUUCAGAUUGUAGAUGAAAACUUAAAUAUCCUGCCUCCAGGAGAAGAGGGAAACAUCGCUGUCCAGACCCAACCAAAUCGGCCGUUUUCUCUGUUCUCUCGCUAUGUGAGGGCGGAAGGCAACACUCUGGUCUGGUGAACGUGAAACUCUCCCUUCCUCUGAAUGGAAUCCACCAAGCAAGAGACCAGAAGCUGAACAAUUCUCCUUUGCCUGAAAGACCCAGAGAGGCUGUGCAAUGGUACCUUAUUUACUGGACAAUCGCGUCUUCCUCCACUUUCUCUUUUGCUAUGUAAAUACAACCCCUGGAUGUUACCCGUGA